AUGCAGCUCCAGAAUCUAUUGACACUUAUUUCUCUCUUUGCGACCUUAGUCGCAGGAGCACCGGCUUCACCAGAUACUCGUUCGGAAGCUAACAUACCGGUUCUGUCAAUGGUAGCCAAACGUUCUGAUGCCGAUGCGGCCACUAAAUACGUAGUCGACAAGCGUUCUGACGCUGAUACCGCCACUAAAUACGUCGUUGACAAGCGAUCCGACGCUGAUGCUGCCACUAAAUAUGUUGUCGACAGGCGAUCCGACGCUGAUGCUGCCACUAAAUACGUCGUCGACAAGCGUUCUGAUGCCGACGCUGCAACUAAAUAUGUCGUUGACAAGCGAUCCGACGCGGAUGCGGCCACUAAAUAUGUCGUCGACAAGCGUUCUGAUGCCGACGCCGCCACUAAAUAUGUAGUUGACAAGCGAUCCGACGCGGAUGCGGCCACUAAAUACGUCGUCGACAAGCGUUCUGAUGCCGACGCUGCAACUAAAUAUGUCGUUGACAAGCGAUCCGACGCGGAUGCGGCCACUAAAUAUGUCGUCGACAAGCGUUCUGACGCCGACGCCGCCACUAAAUAUGUAGUUGACAAGCGAUCUGACGCCGACGCCGCCACUAAAUACGUCGUCGACAAGCGAUCCGACGCGGAUGCGGCCACUAAAUACGUCGUUGACAAGCGAUCCGACGCGGAUGCGGCCACUAAAUACGUCGUCGACAAGCGAUCCGACGCUGACGCCGCCACUAAAUACGUCGUCGACAAGCGUUCCGGCGCUGCGGCUCGUUAUGUCGUUGACUAA